UUAAAAUGUAUGCAUGUUUCAGUAAUGAUGAUGACGAUGACGUCAUUCCAGUGUUAUUGCUGUUCGGUGGCGGUUUCCGGCUGUGGAGGCGCGCGCGGCCCCGCCCCUGUAGGUGCGGGUGGGAAACCCCGCGGUGGUGUGUGCUGAAGCCGCGCGUGAACGCAGCCGCCAUUUUGGUGUCUGAUGAACAGAGCCGCGGCGCUGCGGAGUCUUCAGACUCUCUCUCUCGCUUUCCGUUUCUAACAUUUCACUCCGUUUCUCCCCCUUUCCCUCUCACUUCCGCUCCUCUCACCUUACCGGACAGCAACACAGGGUUUGUGACAUCAGCCAUGGCAUCGGAUCACGUGAACGGGAACGGCACAGAGGAGCCCAUGGACACGUCCUCCACGUCUGCGCGCUCGGAGAACUUCCAGGCUUUACUACAGGCCGGCUUGCCGCAGAAAGUCGCAGAGAAACUCGAUGAAAUCUACAUCGCAGGCCUGGUAGCACACAGUGACCUGGAUGAGCGAGCUAUCGAAGCUCUGAAAGAAUUUAAUGAAGACGGAGCGCUCCAGGUUCUACAGCAGUUUAAAGAGAGUGACCUGUCUCACGUCCAGAAUAAAAGUGCCUUCCUGUGUGGCGUGAUGAAGACGUACAGGCAGAGAGAGAAACAGGGGACCAAAGUUACCGAGUCCAACAAAGGACCGGACGAAACCAAAAUCAAAGCUCUGCUCGAGAGAACCGGCUACACGCUCGACGUCACAACAGGACAGAGGAAGUACGGAGGACCGCCACCGGAGUGUGUGUUCACAGGUCCUCAGCCCUCCAUCGGUACAGAGAUCUUUGUGGGGAAGAUCCCGAGGGACCUGUUUGAGGAUGAGCUGGUGCCUCUGUUUGAGAAGGCGGGGCAGAUUUGGGACCUGCGGCUGAUGAUGGAUCCUCUGAGUGGUCUGAACCGAGGAUACGCCUUCAUCACGUUCUGCACUAAAGAGGCUGCACAGGAGGCUGUUAAGCUGUAUAACAAUCGUGAGAUCCGCCCAGGGAAACACAUUGGGGUGUGUAUAUCUGUGGCCAACAACCGCCUGUUUGUGGGUUCCAUCCCCAAGAGCAAGACAAAAGAACAGAUCCUUGAGGAAUUUGCCAAAGUCACCGAGGGUCUGAACGACGUGAUCCUGUACACCCAGCCGGAUGACAAGAAGAAGAACCGCGGGUUCUGUUUCUUGGAGUACGAGGACCAUAAAUCGGCAGCUCAGGCUCGCCGGAGGCUGAUGAGCGGGAAGGUGAAGGUGUGGGGUACGCUGGUGACGGUGGAGUGGGCCGACCCCAUCGAGGACCCUGACCCUGAGAUUAUGGCCAAGGUGAAGGUGCUGUUUGUGAGGAACCUGGCGAACAGCGUGACCGAGGACAUCCUGGAGAAAACGUUCAGUCAGUUUGGGAGGCUGCAGCGGGUCAAGAAGCUGAAGGACUACGCCUUCGUUCACUUUGACGAUCGGGAGAGCGCCGUGAAGGCUCUGGAGGGGAUGAACGGGAAGGAGCUGGAGGGUGAAACUGUCGAGAUCGUGUUUGCGAAGCCUCCUGAUCAGAAGAGGAAGGAACGCAAAGCUCAGAGGCAAGCAGCCAAAACACCAAUGUAUGAUGAGUAUUACUACUACGGCCCCCCUCAUGUGCCUCCUCCACCUCCGAGAGGGCGUGGCCGAGGCGGAGUCAGAGGCGGCUACUCGUACCCUCCUGAUUAUUACGGUUAUGAAGAUUACUACGACUACUAUGGCUACGACUACCAUGGUUACCGUGGUGGCUACGAGGAGCCCUACUACGGCUACGAUGAGUUCCAGGGGCGGAGCCAGCGUGGACCGAGGGGCGGACCCAGAGGGGGACGUGGGUCGGGACCUCCACGGGGCAGGGCUGGGUUUCCUCAGCGUGGUGGCGCGGGAGCGGCCGGAGGAGGCGGCGCGAGGAGGAGAGGAGGCGGGGUUCGAGGGGUACGUGGCCGCGGUGGGAAUGUAGGAGGCAAACGCAAAGCUGAUGGCUACAGCCAGCCCGAUUCCAAACGCCGGCAGAUUAAUAAUCAUAAUUAUAACAGUAAUCAGAACUGGGGCUCGCAGCCGAUCGCGCAGCAGCCGCUGCACGGCGCCGAUAAUUACGGCUACAAAUCUGACCAGGAGUUUUAUCAGGAUUCAUUCGGCCAGCAGUGGAAGUAGACAAAAUGUAGGGCUUUGCUUUUGGUUUUAUUUGUUCCUUUUUUUUUUUUUUUUUUGAUUGGGCUCCAUAUAAAACAUGUCAAGCUUUCAAAACAUGCUUCUUGUACAUAUAUAUUUUUCUUUCUUUUUUUGUUCCUUUUGUUUGGUUGGUUGGUUUUUUAGACCUCCACUUGGACUUCCUGUCACACUCCUUCCACACACUGGGUUAUGUUUUAUUUUGUAAUCUGUUUUACAAUUGAGUCCUACCUUUUAAUCAAAUUUGGAGGGAAAAAAAAAAAGAUAAACCUAUACAAUGUGCUGAAUCUUGUCUAUUGGCUAUUUCAUGUAUGUUUCUAUAGCAGGUUUUUGGUCUUCAUGUUUUAAGUAGGAACACAAACGGAAAAAAAAAACAAACCGAAAGAAAACAAAUUUGCUCUUUGUAUGUUAAUGCUAGUAAAAUUAGCGUGUCUUGUUUUCUUUACAUUUUGGCUUGUAAUCCUUUUGCUGUCUGUCUGCUGCUCUAAAUAAAAACAUACACGCAUAACCGUGUACAAAACUCAACCAAAACGGAUUGUGUUUCAAAUUCAUGUUUCGGCAAAAAAAAAAAAACAGGAUAAAACUCUCUCUCCUCAAAUUUCUUUGCAAAUUUUGACCAAAGCGCCUUGUGGAUGAAAAGGACGUCAGGUUUGCCUACAUUAGUCUGUCUGUCUGUCUCACUCUCUCUGCAUGUCUGAGUUGUGUACGUGUUUCCACUCGCACGUCACGGGCCCUGUGUGUGAUUGUGGUGCUGUAUGGAGGGUGUUGAGUUCCACACUUCCCUCUCCAUAAUGGCUAAAAUGCACGUUCUGCCCCAAAUUCUCCUCACUGUUGACCCACAGGAGUAAUCCCUGUUCUGCAUGACCCUCCCCCACCCCAAUCUCCUCCUCCCUCCUCCUCCUCCUCUCUCCAUUUCCCUGCUGCUGAGUGGGGGUGGGGUGCAGUGCUGCUGGUGUCCAGCAGGGGGCAGAGAGCACUGAGCUGUGCAUGCUCAUUACAGCAGGUUUCACACUCACUCACUCAUUCACUCACUGCUCUUAUUAGUCUAGUGUGUUUCAUGUCGAGGGUGUGUGUGUGUGUGUGUUUGUGUUUUCAUGAACGUGGAUCUAAUCGUUCUUCCUCUUGUCACCUGACUAGCAGGGAAAGGCCUCGAGAGCGGCGCUGACAAACCCCUCUGAGUGAAGAGCGGCUCGUUAAAGCGCAGCUUCCUCUCAGACGAUGCCGGAGGACACGGCGGUAAGAUGCACUUCCUGCCGUCCAAGUCCUACUUCCUGCCUUACAGGAGACAAAAAAAAAACUGCCACCUACACACACCAUGAGUUCACUUUAACGCUUCCUGUGUCUGAAACAGUGCCUGAACACUACACCCUGCAAACCCACAGGGGGUGUGGCCCAAACUAUACACUAUAUAGGCCACUGUUGGUCCCUGGGGGGCGUGGCCCAAAUUAUCUGCUGCCCUACUCAGCCACAGUGCAUUAUGGGUGUUUUUUAUAUCCCUCAGUUGUAAUGUUUUGUGGCAGGGUAGUGCACUAUGUAGUGAGCAGGGUGCUGUUUUGGACAUGUUGGUUGUUCAAUUCCCCCAAAGAGCUGAGCUGAGCUGAGCUGAGGAGUUUCUCAUUCUGUACAUAAAUCUUUUGCACUAUGUAUGGGGUUUUCUUUCUUUUAUAUAUUUAAAAAAAAGCGUGUUUUUACUGCAGAUCUCCAUGUUAGUGCUGUAGAUAGAAAGUGUGCACUAUAGUUUAUCAGAACAUUGUGUGAGAGAGACUCUGAUGUUGGAGAUCUGUUCUCUUUUAAAAGCAUCAUGUUGAGUUUAGUUUGUUUUAAUGUUCUAAUAUUUUUUUGAAUGUCUUAGGUGGCCUAAGCGGUGUAACGUGGUUCCGUUGAGAACCUGAUGAUGAUGUUUCUGAUGAAUUGUGAGUUUAUCUACCUCAGUGUGGGGUCAUGUACAGACACUUUACUGAGCAUACGGGCUUUUCUACCGUUUUAUAAACGUUAUUUAUGCACAGGGACGACGGCCUGCCAUCUGUCUGCUGUAUUAUAGUUCUGUUAGUACGCCAUCGUCCCCUGCCUGUGUGUGUGUGUGAGAGAGAGAGAGAAACUCGGAUGUCGAGUCUAAACACGCCUGGCCUUGGUCUCCUCUCGGAGCGUGUCGUUUGUAUUCUAGUCAUAUUUUUGGAUAAAGCUUUAGUGUCUGGUUUGUCAUAAACAAACUGAGUAGUAACUUUUUUUAAACACGUCCUGUUUGUUUGUUUGUUUGUUUGUUAAGCAGGGUGCUUAAUUAGACAUGCACAACUGACACCGUGUUUAAAGGGUAAGUUCAGCAUCAGGACACACACCGAGUGAUCACCUGGUGACACUAGGGGGCAGUAGAGAGCUCACCAUCAUAACACUAGCCUGGUUACUAAUCCUUCCACCACUUACACGCUUCAGCAGCAGACAGGAAAUGAUGUCUGUGACCUGGAAGUUCACUGCGUGUGUGAUGUCAUUAUGCUGGAUUUACUGACGGUUGUCCCGCCCCCGGUGUCGAAUAAACCUACAGCCAUGCCGCUCGUGGGGUGCGUUAGUGUCGUACUGUUAGCGCACACGCUCGUGUUCCAGGUUUAACAGGGUGAAACAGGAAAAUAUGACGACUUCCUGCCUUUAUUUUAUUGUCUUUUUUUUUUUUUUUUAAAAAAGAUGUCACAAAUUUAAAAUGAACUGUUGACUCUUGGUGCUUUUUCUUUUAAAUUUUUAAAACACAUUUUUGCAAAUAAAAUGUUUUAUACUGGAAAA